AUGGUAAGCGAUGCUAGGACUAGUCGACUGCAACCUAAAUUGAUCGGGGGUACUCUCUGGAAAACAAUGGUUGCGCAGUGGGAUACUAAAGAAACACAGGAAAGGAGUCGAAUCUAUUCCAAUGCUCGUAUGUCAGACCGUAAUGGUCUCGGUCCAGACAUGCACUUAUCUGGGCCAACAUCGUAUCAACAAGAAGAGAAACUUGGGAGACCAGUGAGUCUUGGUGAGGUUUUCAAAGAGACACAUACAAGGCCAGAUGGUACGUAUGUCGAUCGAAAGGCCGGGAAGAUCUUCUCAAUUUAUGAGAAAAACCUACAAGCUAAGAUAUUUGAGAUCGAGUCAGAUCCUUCACGAGCUCAAGAGCUCACAGCAGAAGAUUAUACGGCCAUCUUUCUUCAGUUUUUCUUAUCUAAGUCCACUGAGAAGGAUUCACGAGGUAAUCUUUUUGGACUUGGAAGCCUCAAGGAUCAUCUUCAGGAUCUUUUCAAUGGCAAGAGCUAUCAACAAGGAGAGUCGUCGUUUGUAGCAUUGCAAGAGCAAAUGAAAGAAGCUCAUCGUAUAAUUGAAGAACAAGUUGCCUAUAAUGCAAAACGUGAUGCUGAGAUUGCUGCUCGUGAAGCAUAA